AUGGCCAUUUCUGCUAUUGUGAAAAUCCUUUAUGAACCACCAAACUUCUCUCAGGAUGAAGAUCUGGAGAAGAAUUUAGAAGCAACCAGGGUAAGGCAGAUGCUGACUAUGAGGGAUGAUCAGGGAAAUACUGCUUUGCAUAAGGCGGCUCGAUAUGGUCAAGUUGAGGUGCUGCGAGAAUUGAUGAAGGCAUUAAACUCUCAUCAUCAUUACUUUUCAAUAUUCUCCGCUAAUAAAAGCGGUGAGACUCCACUCUACAUAGCCGCCAUUGAAAAAUAUCCUCUUUUUGUGGCCGAGUUAUUGCAUACUUGCAAUUCAACGUCAAUGCCUUACGGCGGCCCCCAUGGUAGAACAGCUUUGCAUGCAGCAGUCAUGGCCGGAUAUAAAAGGACAACGGAAAUACUGUUAAAGGAAAAAAUGCAUUUAGCCAAAGAAACCGACGAUAAAAGGCGGACUCCACUUCACUAUGCUGCGCAUUUGGGUCGCCGUCCAAUUGCAAAACUGUUGUUAGAGACCGAUGCAUCUGCUGCUUAUAUGACUGAUGAAGAGACAGGCACGACGGCACUUCACAUGGCAGCUUGGCGAGGACAUAUAGGCGUAAUGGAAGACAUUAUCACCUAUUGUCCAGGUUGUCGCGAUAUUGUUGACAAAAAUGGCAGGAAUUAUCUUCACUUCGCCAUCGUUGCUUUAGAACCCACACAAUUUACGAUCUUAAUAAAGGGUUAUAUUAUCAGUGAGGAGAUUUCUCUUCGAAAUCUUUUGCACCAAAAGGAUGUCAAUGGGAGCACGCCUCUCGAUGUCAUUAAUUUUGGACCUACUCAUCUGCGCGUUAAAAGUACUUUUUUAGCAGCUAGUAUUCUUAAAGCUCAUGGAUUUGGACGACUGGUUUAUGGAAUUUCAGAUCCAAAAAUGGAGAAACUGGUUCAGGAAAUGUUGAAAGAGAUAGGGGAUAAAGCAGAAGUGGCAGGGGUACCGGUUCACAACUCCUUCCGCGAGUGUUUUGUGUGGAAGGAUGAUGGGGCCAAAGGGGAGAAAAUCGAGAUUCUGAAUAAAGCAACCAAUGCCCAUUUGUUGGUUGCAACGCUAGUAGCAACCGUAACAUUUACUGCAGCAUUCACGGUGCCUGGUGGAUACAAGAGCGAGCAAGGCACUGCAACCUUAAGUCGUGACUCAGCUUUUAAAGCCUUCAUUAUUACAGAUACCCUCGCAUUUGUUUUCUCCCUUUUAGCCAUCGCCCUGCAUUUUACUGUAGCGUCAGAAUCUAGGAAGCUAGUUCAAUACCUUCUUGAGUAUAUUCAAGUGGCCGAUUACUUAACUUGUCUCGCAAUGGCUGCCAUGGUGAUUGCUUUUAGCACAGGCACUUACGCUGUGUUAGAAUCUUCCUCGGGGUUUGCUAUUGCUGCUUGUUCCCUUGGGAUCAGCUUCUUUCCCGGCCUGAUCAUUGUAACUUUAAUUCUCGCCUGGUUAUCCACCCGUUAG